GUAUUCUCUGUUUUAUAACCACUUGAAGGACAUUGAGGAAAAUGAAGGAGGCAUUGAUAAAUUUUCAAGAAGUUACAAAACCUUUGGAGUUAACCAAUUUGUGGAUGGUGGAAUAUAUUGCAAAGAGUGGGCACCAGGAGCAGAAGCAGUGUUUCUUGCAGGUGACUUCAAUGGCUGGAAUCCAUUUUCUCAUCCGUAUAGGAAGAUGGAGUAUGGGAAGUGGGAGUUGUUCAUUCCACCUGGACAAGAUGGUUACCCUCCUGUGCCCCAUGGAUCAAAGCUAAAGGUGGUGAUUCGUGCUCAAAACGGUGAUCUCCUCUAUCGUAUUUCACCUUGGGCAAGAUACGUAGUCCGUGAGGAAAACAAAGUGAAUUACGACUGGGUUCAUUGGAGUCCACCACAGUCAUAUAUACAUAAGCAUCCUCCCCCCAAAAAAUUAAAAAGCCUCAGAAUCUAUGAAUCUCAUGUGGGGAUUGCUUCCCCAGAAGGAAAAGUGUCUUCUUACAAAAACUUCACGUACAAUGUACUACCUAGAAUAAAGUAUCUUGGCUAUAACUGUGUCCAGGUGAUGGCUAUUAUGGAACACGCAUACUAUGCCAGCUUUGGUUAUCAGGUCACAAGUUUCUUCGCUGCAUCAAGCCGGUACGGGACUCCAGACGAGCUGAAAGAAAUGAUUGACGUUGCUCACUCAAUGGGCAUCAUUGUUCUGCUGGAUGUUGUACACAGCCAUGCCUCAAAAAACUCUGAAGAUGGUCUCAACCAAUUCGAUGGUACGGAUUCUUGUUUCUUCCAUUCCGGUCCUAGAGGAACUCAUCAGCUCUGGGACAGCAGGCUUUUUGACUACGCAAACUGGGAAGUUUUGAGAUUCCUUCUGUCUAAUUUGAGAAUGUGGCUUGAAGACUAUCGUUUUGAUGGCUUCCGAUUUGAUGGCGUUACAUCGAUGUUGUAUCACCAUCAUGGAAUUGGCACAGGAUUCAGUGGAGAUUACAACGAAUAUUUUGGCCUACAUGUGGAUGAAGAUGCUUUGUGUUAUCUAAUGCUGGCCAACCACAUGAUUCAUUUAUUGCAUCCAGAAUGCAUAACCAUAGCAGAGGAUGUUUCUGGAAUGCCAGCUCUUUGUCGUCCCGUUGCAGAAGGAGGAGGGGGUUUUGAUUAUCGACUUGCCAUGGCUAUUCCAGAUAAGUGGAUACAGAUAAUUAAGGAGCUGAAAGAUGAGGACUGGAAUAUGGGCAAUAUUGUUCAUACGUUAACAAACAGACGAUAUGAAGAAAAAUAUAUUGCGUAUGCAGAGAGCCACGACCAGGCACUUGUUGGUGACAAGACGUUGGCAUUUCGACUGAUGGAUGCGGAGAUGUAUACGAACAUGAGCGUGCUGUCGCCUCUUACUCCAAUUAUUGAUCGUGGAAUACAGCUUCAUAAAAUGAUUCGUCUCAUUACUCAUGCACUUGGAGGAGAGAGCUAUCUGAACUUCAUGG